AAUCUAUUCAAAAUUAAACAGCUGAGAUCAAUCAGAACCAUGCUUACCGGCUUCGAAGCGCUCGGCGCUGCUAGCGCUGUCCUUCAAGUCAUCUCGUUCGCAGGCGAAGUUGUAUCCGUCUGUCGGAAAGUCUAUGAUGGACGGCCUACAUCCAACGACGACCUCGAGGAGCACGUCAAGGGAAUGUCUGACGCCGUAGGCCGGAUCCAAGAUCGUUGUCAAGCUAUGGCCAACACCCAGCAGUCCGGGUAUGACAAGAAGCUCGGUAGCAUUGCCGAGGGCUGCAAAACUGCCGCUACAGAGCUGGAAAAAGAAGUGCGUUUUGUCACGAGCAUGCAUGGGAAGGGGAGUCUUCUCAAGGCAAUCCAUGCAACGAUCAGAGCCUCCAGUCAUCGCAAGAAGAUCGAGAGUCUGGAACUGUCACUGUUCAGGUAUAAACAGGUGAUGGAAGUGGAGAUUAUGUCGCAUCUGUACAACUUCAAAAACCUUACAAAGGACGUGCAAAGCCUUGUCGCACAAAUUGCCCAAGGCCACACCAAGCUAGAAGGUCUCGUCAGAGCAGAGCACGAUGUGACUCGCGAAGUCGUCGCUCAGGAAACGGUCAAGACUCAGAAAGCCAUAAACACACACGUUACAACCGAAGUGCAGGCAUUAGGCACCAAUGCAUUGACCGAAGCCCAGCGCAAUAGCUUCCUCCAGAGUCUCAAGUUUCCAGAGAUGAACCAGCGAUACAACGAUCUGAUGAACUCAAGGGAAGCUAGCUUCAAGCGAGUGUUUGCGUCCUACGAGGAGAUGACUAGCCCACGGAAUCCAUCUCAAGUCACUCAAGACACUGACAAGGCAUACUUCCGUAAAUACAGACACGAAAAAAAGGAAGCCGACCGAGCCUGGGCUGAAUUCAUUGAGUGGCUACAGUCAAGUGACUCGUUAUUUUGUAUUGGAGGAAAACCUGGCUCAGGGAAAAGCACCCUGGUCAAGUUUAUCAUAGACAACAAAAAUACGACCCAACUGCUGUUGCGCUGGAGCCAAACCGCCACAAUCAUAUCGCACUUCUUCUGGAAGAUCGGAUCUUCGCCCCAGAAUAGCAUAAAAGGGCUCCUGUGCUCUUUGGUCUACCGAACCCUACAUGGAAACCAGGAUAUGAUUGACCACACACUGCAUCGUUUUCAUCAUCUGUCCUCCAACACCACCUACCAUGAUUGGUCAAUGGAAGACCUGGAAACUGUUCUCUUCUUCGUUUUGGAAAAGGACACUCGACACCUAUGUAUCUUCGUUGACGGCCUCGAUGAGAUUUGCAACAAAGAUGGUCUCUUCAAACUCACGCAGUCGAUUGAGAAAAUCCUGAAAUUCCCAAAUGUCAAGAUGUGUGUUUCCAGCCGACCGGAGACACUGGUCAUGAACUGGCUCGAGAAAAAGAAUGUGCGCGGAGUCUUGCUCGAAUGGCUCACACGUCCUGAAAUGGUCACAUUUGUGCACAAGGAACUCGAACCCUUCCUUUCAAACAAGACUAUCUCCUCAGAGACCUACGAAAUUCUAAGCCAUGAGCUUGUUUGGAAAGCUCAAGGCGUUUUCCUGUGGCUUCAUCUGGCUACUCGAAGCCUCGUAACUGGAAUACAAAACGAAGACUCCAAAGAGAUGCUUUGUGCUCGACUAUAUGUGAACAUGUGGCAGAGACUAAACGAGAAUAACUCCAUAUACCGAUAUACAGCAGCCAGAAUCUUCGGCUACACUCUGCAAAGCCUGUAUCCCAUCUCGGUGUUUCCCGAAGACGGCUCGCACUCCGAAUCUACACGGUUCCAACAGCCCACGUUGUUCCAAAUAGCAUGCGCAGAAAGUAUCGAAACACAGGACAUUCUUCUCACAGGCACAAGCUCCUUAGACUUCACAGAAGUGCAACGCUUGUGCGAGAAAACAAAGCUUGACAUUCAAAACCGAUGCGCCGGGCUUUUAAGAAUUGAAUCGCCGCGGAAGGGAGGAAGAUUACUGAAAUUGGUCGGAAAGGCAGAUGGCCUUGACCUUCCAGAGGGAACAGAAGACGUCAAUGAUGGGCUGUUUAGCCGACUGGUUUUCAUCCACCGCACAGCUCAUGAUUUUUUGACGGACACGGAAGCCGGCCAAGACGUCCUUAAGUGUGGAAUGUUGUCUGAGAACGAGGUGAUAAUUCGGCUGCUGAAAGGUUUACUCUGUCUCCUUCGAUUCAUUCGCUCUAAGUAUGGCAAGUUGGCUCAUCCAAAUGAUAUUUUGCAUUUUCUCAUCAGGCUGUCGAAGACCCCGGCCAAUGAGGGACUGGAGGAGGCUACCGAAAUGCUCCAAAUCGUGCAGAGCCUUUACAAUAACGGGGUUAUCGGAGCUCGUCGGCUAUCGUGGCAGCUACGGGAUCCAUUCUUCAGUCUCUUGACAAAUUACGCCCAAUUCGAUGACUUCAUCAUAUCAAGUCUUGCGCAAACAGAUCCAAGUGUCUUAGCUACCGAGGUCUUGCGCGAGGCGUGGGACCCAGACUUCUCUCUGUCUGGCGGAAAUACUAAAGGGCCGUCUGCGAAACUCGUUGAGGCGUUGAUUUCGAUGGGUGCUGAUCCACAUGCCUAUGCUGUGAAUCAAAAACAGUCUACAGAUCUCAUGGUGCCCUUUGCGCGGCAGGGCACAGCAUUUACUAACCUCUUAAUGUGUGGCAUACUAUCAGAAUAUGACAGUGGCUCAUAUAAGGACCUUAGCGGUGAUCGCGCACGUGAGAUGUUGAAAGCCAUGGUGAGCAUGGCGACGAUUUGCCCAGACUUGAGCGCCACAACACUAGCAAUGGGAUAUAUCAACGAAAGUGGGCAAAUAUUACUGGUGAACUUGGCAUGGCUCAAUGAACUGGCGAGGCCUUCGGAAUGCAAAUAUCUCUUGCUCUUGUACGAGGUCGACAUGAAGUGUCUACUCUUACGCCUACUUUCGAUGCUUGCUGUUAAGAUCGACGAGGACAACUUCGAUGGGUCUCAGGUCAACGAGCUGUUGCCCAGGCUCGAGCACCCCUCGGCCAAGCUACGUUUCAUCAUUGCUCGCAAUGGAGAAUCAAAGACCCCGGUAUGCCAUCGUGUUUCCGCUGAGCUUUCAACCCCCAAGAUCACCGAACAUCUCUUCGCGCCCGCCACAGACUUGCGAAAGAAAUCCCAUCAAGUACGAGCACCGGAGAAAAUUGGAUCCGCCUACGAAGACUUCAUGCACCUCACGAAAGAUCCGAGUGUGGAAACGGUCGAUCUCGAAUCUGCCGUUAUUUCUUUGGCUGACGAGAGGCUCGGCUUCUGUACGCUUUUGGAAGCUGGUAUCAUCCCCACACUACCCGUGAGAUAUAUUAUAAGAUGA